UCCUCCUGGGUUCUUCACCUCUGCUGUUUCGCUGUGGGAUGGAUUACAGGUUGAGCUGACGGACCAGCCACAGGAGACCGUGAUCGCAAAGAACCCCUUGGAGCUCCUGCCGAUCAUCAUUUGACUCCCUUCUUCACAGGCGAGGACACAUCACAGGUUGAACCAUGGUGUUAAUGUUGGUCAAGUUUGACCUGAAGAAGCGGGUAAAGCUCGCUCAGACAGUCUGGUUCAUGUACUGGUUUGCCGUGAUGGCUGGCGUGCUGGUCUUCAGCAUGGGCCUUUUCUUUAAGAUCGAGCUGCGAAAGCGCUCGGAACUUAUGGACAACAACGAGAGCCACUUCUUGCCCAACCUGCUCAUAUUCAUGGGCCUAAUAGCCUGUGGCAUCAAUGCCUUCGGAGGCAAAGUGUGCUACGACUCCCUGGACCCUACCAAGUUCGUAAAGUGGAAGCCCAUGUUGAAGGGCUUCCUGAUGUUCUGUGUGGGCUUCAACGCCCUGCUGCUCGUCACGGCCCUGCUGUGUUUCCUGAUGAGGAUCCCCCUGCAGUUCACACUGGCCGAGGGGCUGAGGAACGGCAUGAAGUUCUACAAGGACACGGACACACCGGGACGCUGCUACAUGAAGAGGACCCUGGACCUGAUGCAGAUGGAGUUUCGUUGCUGCGGAAAUGACAACUUCAGAGAUUGGUUUGAGAUUCAGUGGGUUAGCAACCGCUACCUGGACUUCAGCGCAAAGGAAGUCAAAGACCGCAUCGGGAGCAACGUGGACGGCCAGUAUCUGAUGGACGGAGUCCCGUUCAGCUGCUGUAACCCCAGCUCCCCCAGACCCUGCAUCCAGCACCAGAUGACCAACAACACUGCCCACUACAGCUACGACCACUACACGGAGGAGCUCAACGUGUGGAAGCGCGGCUGCCGCGACGCCAUGCUGUCCUACUACGGAGGCAUGAUGAACACCAUCGGAGCGCUGGUGGUGCUGGUCACUAUGCUGGAGGUUGCUGUGACCAUCGGCCUGCAGUACGUCAACAGCUCCCUGUCCACCCUGGCUAACCCCGACGACCCGGAGAGCGAGAGCGAGGGCUGGAUCCUGGAGAAGACAGUGAAGGAGACGUUCACCGACAUCAUGGACAAAAUGAAGGCCAUGGGCAAAGGCAGCAAGGUGGAGGAGGGGGGCGAGGCAGCGGUCGCCACGGUGAGCUGAGCUGUCCCCCUCUGCAAAAACUGACACCACUCCCACACCUGAGGAGGAGAGGAAGGGGACCUGUGUGAUUACUACGUUUUUCUACCAACAUUCAUAAUGUAGACACACACACACACACACACACACACACAAACACACACAUAUUAGGCUAUGAACGCCUUUUAAACGGACUCCUUUCGAAUGGACUUCUUACAUUAAUAAUUCUAAACUGUGUAUUCAAACAUAGAGAAAGAUAAUGUGUAGGGUGAGUUAUGUUUUUCAUUUUUCAUUUUUGGUUCUCCCCCAACCAAACAAAUCUAAAACUUUUGCUCCACAGCUUUCUUCAAAAGAGAAUUUUGGUUUCCAGCACUCGGUGGGGUUUGGAUCUUGUCAACAUUUUAAGUAAAUGUGAUAUGUAUUGAUAAAUGUCGGAUGCUUUGCAAUCACAAGUAAAUAUGUAAUUUUUCCGUUGUAUUGUUGGAGGUGCAGAUGGAAGAUAUUUACAGCCCAUGAAAUGCAGUGUUUUAUUUUUGUUAACCUGUCUAUAGCACUUUGGCUCGUAGCUGAUUCUUUACAUAGACAAAGCAAACAAAUUUAACCCCCACACUCAGCUGUUUUUAUACUCCAGUCCACCUUUGUCCCCACUGACGACGGGAUAAGCUCCUGAGAUGGAGUAAAAUCAUCAAUUGAAUGAGUCGGUUUGAAUCAUGCAUGAACGUUGAGGCACGUGGUCGGAGAGUGAGGCGCGGGAACUGGGAUGUGAGCCCUGGAGAGAGGCAGGGCCGACUCCAACCCCGUGGAGGACGACUGAAAUUGGCAGCUAAAUCUUGGCUCGUGACCCCUGUACUGUAAUCUCAGGUCCUCUGUGGUGUUUCCCUCAAGCAUUCAGUACCUGUAUAUUGACACACAUGUAUGUAUAUUCUAACCAACUGGGUUGCUGUCUUUGUACAUAGUGUAGAAAACGA